ACGCAGAAAAAGAGGUUCCGCUUCCGGAUCAACAGUCUCCUUCACAAACACGCAAAAUGCUGUCCCGACUUUCGCGGCUCGGGCUGGUUUUGCCCCGGUCCCUCUCCGUCCCGCCGGCCCGAUUCGUGUCCCAGUCCAAGCCGAGCGGAGCCGCCGGCUCGGCCGCCGUGACGGAGCUGCCGCCGCAGGCGGCGGCGGCCGAGCACGGCGAGGUCAGCCCGUUCGUCAAGAAUCCAGACUACCAUGGCUUCUCCGCUGAUCCAGUGGAGGAUGAGUUUAACAUGAAGGUGGGCUUCUUCUUCGGCAUCUCGGUGGUUCUCGUUAUCGGAGCAACAUUUAUCCACUAUUUGCCAGACCACGGGAUGCGCCAGUGGGCCAGAAGAGAGGCAGAACGGCUCGUGGUGGAGAGAGAAAAGAAGGGUCUACCGUUCAUUACUGAGAACUACUACGACACGAGCAAGAUCAUUCUGCCCACCGCUGGAGAGAAGUAGUACAUCCAGCCCUGACCUACUGUAUCACCUGGUUAAUGUAUUUCACUAUGAUAGAAUAAAUGAUGUUCUUGUUA